UUAAUUGUUGACAUACCUUGUAAAAGACCGACCAUUACUAGCACUCUACAAUUAAUUUGACGUUAUAUUAAUAGGGAACAAGAAAUCGACAUUCAUUUGUUUGUUUUCGCUGUAAUGGAAGGAAAAGAAUUUUGUUCUAUUAUAAUAAUUUCUCUGUUGAUAGGUGAAAUUGACUCCAUGACAAGGCAGCAAAUCAAAAAUGCUGCUAAAAUCGUGAAAAGGAACUGUAUGAACAAGAAUAAUGUUACGGAAGAUUUGAUUGGUGACAUAGAAAAAGGCAAGUUUAUUGAAGAAAGACCAGUCAUGUGCUACAUCGCCUGUGUUUAUAAGACAACACAAAUCGUCAAAAACAAUAAAAUAAAUUACGAGGCAUCCCUGAAACAAGUACAAAUUAAUUAUCCUGAUGAUAUGAAGGAAGGUAUGCUGAUUUCCAUAGAGAAUUGUAAAGGCUUGCUUAAAAAAUACAAGGACCUGUGUGAGUCAGCAUAUUGGACAGCGAAAUGUAUUUAUGAAGAUAAUCCCAAGAAUUUCUUAUUUCCAUAAUAAAUUGAUAAACAAUUUCAAAAAUCACUGUAAAUGUUUUUUUUUCAUAAAUGAAACUUUUCCCCCGUUAAUGCUGGCUGAUAUUGGUUUAUAGAAAAAAAAUAUAACCUUCCUCUGUAUGUUUAUGGCUAGAUAAUAACUAAAAUGUUUAGACAAAAACCGUUUACUAAAAUUAAAGAAAAUCUUUAGUUGGAUAUGUAAAUUUUUUUUAAUAUUUAAGUUGGCGUCGAGUAAACAGUUCCAAUGACUUCAGAG